AUGGUUGAAAUUGAUAAAGGAAGAUUAGUACGAGGUGUAAAAAGAACUAUAAUGGGAUUCACAUACAAGAAUAAAGAUCAAAAGACAUGGAAUGCAGGUAUUUCAAGUAACGAAUGGAGUGUUGCUAGCAAUUGGUUGCCAACAGGUAUUCCGACAAGCGCUGACAAUGUUGUUGUUAGUGGUACAAAUGUGUUGGUUAGAGAAUGGUCUCUAACAGCUCCUAUUGCAUUCUCAUCACUCGAGGUGGGAAACCAAGCCACACCAAACAAUGCAAUCGUAACUCUUGCAACGCUCUCUUACAAUUCAACGCUCAACAUUCGAUCAAAGGCAGCACUUGGUGUGACAUGGGCUGAUGCCAAUCAAGUAUCUCCCUGGUCAUAUCCGUACAGUAUAACUAUCGAUCAAGGAGGUCAGAUGCAACUAAACAAUGCAAGAGUAUUUACAAAUCUCUAUGUCUAUGGUUUAGUUUAUGCUAUGGGAGAUUUCUAUAAUGUAUUAUCGUAUGGUAUUUUUAGAGCGGGAUCACAAAUGCAUCUUUUGGAAGACUCUACCUUUUACACCAUCUCUAGUAGAUUCAAUGCUGCCUCAAUGGUUUUACCUAAUAAUGGUCAAGUUUAUUUUGUGAAAUCAACCGAAGAUGCAACAGCAACUUCAUCAUUUAGUAAUGGUGGAGGUCUUUAUCAAACUGCAUCUUAUGUUGGUAUUGCGAAUAUUUUGACGUUUUCUGGCUCCACUUUUUACUCUGAAAAUAGUGUUGUAGAAAGUAUUAAUGUUUUGUAUAUGGACAACAACGCUACUCUAUCGGGAAGGGGAAAUCUCUUUGAUUUUUAUGGAGCCGAUUCUGGUCUAUAUUUCUCUGUUGGUCAAAUUGCAAUAUUUGAUAGUAACAUUUACCACAACUCUUCAUUGUAUUUUAUUAGAAAUUGCUCUACAUGUUUCUAUCAAAAUUCUAAUAUCACUUUUACCAAUACUACCCUAACAUAUGUCGAACAAAAUAAAAUCUUUUAUACAUCUAGUAAUGUAUCAAUCAAUGGUGGUAGGUUGAUGUUUGGUGGAAACACUAACCUUUAUUUUAAUCAAACAAGUCUAUCAGUAAAACAAUCAGAGUUUUUUUCCCUUUUAGAAACUUCAUCAUUAAAUGCUAUGUAUUCAGAUUUCAAACUCAAUACUCGUUUGUUAAUGUUGAAUCAAUCUAAAUUGUACACAUUAAAUUCAACAUUUUAUGUUUAUAAUCAUAUACUUUUGGACAAUGCAACUCUGUUGUGGCUUGACAACUCUACAGCUUUUGUUGAGGGCUCUAUUUUGUCCCACAAGAAUACCAAUAUUAAGUUUCACAAUUCUCAGGUCUCAAUUAAUGGAGAUCUAGAUAUUGUAGGAUCAAUGGACUUUUAUCAAGGAUCGAUUGAUAUCAAAGGGUCAAUGAAUAUUACUUGUCCUGCUGGUAUUAGUGUUGGUUUAAUUGAUAGUAUCUCUAUCACUGUCAAAGGUUUUGCAACAAUCGACUGCCUUACCGGGUAUUCAUUUGUCGAUAUUUUUGUUGGUGGUGAAUUGGAAUUAUCUGGUCGUGCAAUGAUGAUAUAUUCAAAUAUUAUUUCUUCAAAUUUAACAAAAAUUGGAACUAUCCUUGGAACAUAUUCAAAUAUUACAGUUCUUGAUGGUGAUUUGGUUGUAAUGCCAAACAGCUUUAUUUAUUUUGAAAAGAGUACUAUUACACUCAAUUCUGGUAGAUUCUUGUCUGACCCUAGUUCAAGAGUAUCUCUCAUCAAUUCAAAGGUUAUCAACAACAAUGGUCUCAUGCUCAUUGACUCAGAGUUGAUCUUUGGUCAAUCUUAUCUACUCAACUUGGCAGACCUUGUAAUCACAUCCAACAUUGUCAAAAACAGUACAGUAAAUGCCACUCAAACCUUUGACAACCAAGGAAUGAUGAAUGUAACUAGCAAUAUUGCCAUUCAAAUUGAUUUUGCCAAUUCUGGUAAUCUCUCUAUUGGAAAUUCAUCCAACACCAACAAUCUCCAAGUUGAUGGUAAUUUUAAUACAUCAUCUGAAACUGCCAAUGUUGGUUUGGUUGUCAAGAGUGCAACAGACUUUUCAUCUUUAAAUGUCUCUCAAACAGCAACCCUUGCUGGAGAGUUGACAAUCAGAGUUGUGAAAAACUUGACAAGAGAAAAUGUCACCAUUCCAGUCAUGACAUAUGACAAUGUUCAAGGUUCACAUUCAAAGAUUAAUAUCAUCACAUAUGAUCCAGAAACUGGGGAGGAAGACUCUUCACCAGCCUGUUCAAUUUCAUCCAAUCAAGGUGAAAAGGGUCUCAACGUAUUGAUAUCCAAUUGCAAAGAAGAAUCAUUGGUUUCAAAACUUGGUGCUGGUGCUAUUGCUGGUAUCGUCAUUGGUUGUGCUGCCGCUGUUGUCUUGAGCUUUACACUCUAUCACUUUAGAGAAAGAAUCAGACUCAAUAUCAAAUUGUUCAAAGUCGGAAAAGAAACUAAAAUGAAUAAUAUCAAUCAAUAA